AUGGACGUUCCGAUAAAUAACUUCAAGGGAGUGAUGCUUUGCAACAGACCGAAUGAAAAUGUGAUGAUUGUCAAAGAGAAACCUUUCUGUUCUAGGGUUCAACCUUAAGAUUAAUGGGGGUUAACAAAAAAAUUCGAAGAGGCAAAAGCGUUACCAAUUCCCAUAAAUCCCGUUUUAGAAAGACAUAAGAAGUGGUUGGAAGAAUUCAAAUUGCAAAACUAACUCAAGAAACAUGCCAAAGAGGAGUAAUAAGUUCGUGAGGAUGAAAAAUUUCAAAGAGUUAGAGAUUUAGCCAAGAAAGACAGGGAGGUCACAAAGAAGAUGAAGGAAGAAUACAAAUAAAUGAAUGAUAUCAUCAAGAAAGAGUUGCAAGAUGAUGGUCCCAAAAGCAAGACAGUGUAAUUGACUGCCGAAAACCUAAAGAAAUUAGAAGACAGAGAUGCCAUCAAACUAUAAGAAGCGAAAACUGAUAAUAAAUUGGAUCCAAAGUAAGGGGAUCAGAAGAAGAGAUACAAAACCAAACCAGUCUGGGCUAUGACAAAAGAAGAAGAAGAAGAGCACAUUAAAUAGGAGGAGGAUGAGUUACUCAAUUUUGUUGAGAAUCUCGAUUAUGAUUCAUAUAUCAAUGACUUAGAAGUAUUGUAUUUGAUUACAUGCAAGGUGAAUGUGAUGUUGAAAGCAUUAUAAUAAAGAGUCUCUGAUAUAAAGAAGGAAGGGAAUUGGAAAGAGAAAUUAGAGUAAGGGGAGAAGAAAUAAGAACAAAGAGAACCAGAUAUGUAUGAUAAGAUUAGUCAGUCUCUGGGAAAGAAUGACGAGGCUAGAUCAGUACAUUCAGAGAAAACUUAAAAUUCCAUAAAUUAAUUGAGAAAGAGAUAAGAGUAGAUUGAAUAAGGCAAAUAGGAUUGGGAGAAGACAACUACAAAUGGAGAUCAAAAAGCGUCAUUAGAGGAUCGCAUAGCAAAACAUGUUGCUGAUGAGAUCCUUAAUCAAUAUAAAAAUCUAUCCAACAUUCACUCUAAUUCCUCUAUUCGAAAAAUAUUGGAAAGAGAGGCUAAGAAAAAUUUGUAAGAGCAAUCUAUCCCAGGACCUGUCAUUUCAGUCAUUAAAAAUGAAAAAAUGCCUCGAGAUCCCAAUACUUUGCCAUAUUUGCAUCGUAAUCCAGCUAUUUGA